AUGACGGACCUGACGGCCGUGUUUGACGAAGAGGCUGAGGUCGGCACGCCUUCUUCAAGCGGCCGCUCAUCCCCCUUCGACUUGGCGGGCACGGAAGGCGUCGAAGCCGCGGCGGCCGCGGCCGCCCUGCAUCCCCCGGACGUGGGGUAUGGCGCAUGGACGUUCCUCCUCGCCGGCACGGUCAUCGAGCUCCUCGUCUGGGGCUUGCCAUGGUCCGUCGGCGUGCUGCACGAGUACUGGGCGCGCGAGAUGUUCCCGGGCGAGGAGAGCACGCUCACGCUCGCGGCGACGCUGCAAACCGGCGCGAUGUACAUGACUGCAGCCAUCGGCCCCCUCUUCACCACCUUCCCGCAGUACACGAAACACAUGCAGGUGCUGGGCAUGAUCGUGGCGUCGAUCGGGCUGAUCGCCUCGGCGUUCGUCACGCGCGCCUCACACCUCAUCGUGACCCUCGGCGUGCUCUACCCCUUCGCGGGCGCGCUGUACCUCCCCUGCGCGACGCUGCUGUACGAGUGGUUCCACGCGCGCCGCGGCCUGGCGACGGGCAUUAUGUUCGCCGGCACCGGCGUCGGCGGCACAAUCUUCCCGUUCGUCACGUCCGCCCUCCUCCAGCGGUACGGGUACCGGGCGACGAUGGUGUCGAUCGGCAUCGCGUUUGCGGGCCUCAAUGCCAUCGCGCUCGUCUUCGUCAAGCGCCGCAUUCCGGUGCCCCGUCGCUCCCUUGCUUCCUCCCUCAAGCGCGAGCACCGCCGUAAGACGGACUGGUCGUUCUGGCGCCACCGCUCGAUCUGGAUCGGCACAGCCAUCAUCCUCAGCACGAGCAUGGGCAACUUCCUCCCCUCGCUCUGGAUGCCGAGCUACGCCGAAGCCGUGCGUGCACAUGCGCCGGACGGCACCGCUCUCGUCGCCAUUAUGAACGCUGCAAGCGUCCCCGGAAAUACACUUACUGGAUAUUUGUCCGACCGGCUGCCAACACGCAUCGUCGUGACCCUCAGCUGCACGCUCGCGGCGUUUGCCUGCCUCUGCCUCUGGGGGUUGGGCACAAGCGAGGGUCUUCUCGUAGGAUUCAGCGUGGUAUGGGGUGUCACGGCGCUCAGCAUGGUCGGGACAUGGAGUAAGAUGAUCACAAUUAUUUCCAAGGACGACCCCACCCUUCCAACCUUCUCCUUCUCCUUCUUCACCAUCCUCAAGGGCGUGGGCAACCUGACCUCGGGCCCAAUUUCAACUGCGCUCCUCUCAAAAGGCCCGAUUGGGGGCAAGGGCGCUUACGGCGCCACAAACUAUGGCGGCCUGCUCAUAUACACGGGUGUCAUGGCGCUCGUUGGCGGUGUGCCCGCCAUCUUCUUCCCGACAAAAUAG